UCAAAAAAAUUGAAUUAACUAGUAAAUUACAAACUUUACUUAACUGUUGUUUAUUUUUCGUUAAUACUAGUAAUAAAAGUUACACUGUUAAGUUAAAAAUAAAAACAAUAAUACACAACAAAUAUUUAAAAUAAAGCUCAAGAGAAGAUUCGUCUACAAAAGUUGAUAUGGAUUAUUGUGUACAAUGUGGUGAGGACUCAAAAUAUAAAUGUCCAAUAUGUAGAGAGCCAUAUUGUUCCGUUGCCUGCUGUAAACUUCACAAAGAAAGCCCUUGUUCACCACCACCAACACAAAUCCAAGCUCCAAAAGAAGAAUCUCGUAGCACAGAUGAGUUUCCUACAGAUGACACAGUGCCACCUGAAAAGCUAAAGUUACUUGAACAAUCAACAGAUUUAAAAAAAUGUUUAGAAAAUCCACAUGUAAGAGAGAUACUGGAAAUAUUAGAUUCAUCACCUCACCCUGAUCUACUAAUAAAUCAGUACAUGCAGGAACCAAUAUUUACAGAAUUUGUUGAUGCUUGUUUGAAUGUUGUUCAAAACAGCAGUAAUGAUGACUAAAUCUGAAUGUUUAUGAAACUAAAUAAAAGAAGAAAUCUUAACUAUUGUUAUUGUUUACUUAUUAAAAUAUUUUUUAAAUAAAAUGUGACCAAAUUUA